CGCACGGAGGCGGAGGCGGAGGGAAUGGGAAUGACUCCGAAGCCUCUGUUGACGACGUUCCCGACUCCGAGCGAGCUUUUGUCAUCCAACGGAAGUGGGAGUGGGGUGCAGGCUGGUGGUGGUAUUGGUAAGGCGGGUGUGGGCGCGGGGGCGGUGCAGGCGAAGAUGGAGGUGGAUAAUUUGAAGACGAUGGAGACGACGCAGAGGAAGCAGAGGUUGAGGUUGCUUUCGGAUACUGUGGGGUUUAUGCCGACUGAUUCCGAUACGAUCUCCUCGCACGACAAGAAACGGAACUAUCUGGAAUGUCUGGAGAUUUAUAUCGGAUAUUUGGAGGACCAGAUGAAGAUCGUGAAAUUGCAGUCGCCUGCUAUCGCGAAGAUCAUGAAGGUCGAUAUCGGGAUGAAUAACCGUUCUUUGAGGACGUUGUUGGUGUUCAUGCAGAAGAAGCUCCGCGAGCUGCAUCAAGAGGUGUUGAAGGAAGAAGAGAAGUUUUUGAACCUCACGAAGGAGGUCAUCGCGCUCGAGCAGGACAAUAUCAGGAACGGCCGCGAUCGCUCUAUUGCCUGCACCAAGCUGCUUCCCACCGAGUGAGCCUAAGGAGGUGUCACGGCCGUCGAAGUGAAAUUCCGAUCUCUCUCUUUUAUCUUGUGGUUUGUGUAAUAUGGUCGAUCUUAAUUCCUGUGCUUGGGACUCACAGUACUUGGUACGCUGGUUCGAAUGAUGGACUUUUGGAAUCGACUGGUCGAUUCGCGGUGGUUUGUUUUUGUCGAUUGUUCUCCAUGCUUGUUAUUACUCCGUGCUUCGUGCUCAGCUUAAAUUAUCGUUGUUUUUUUACGGUAUCGUACUUACGCGUAAUGC